UUUUUUGAGAGAAAGAGACACAGCAUGAGCAGGAGAGGGGCAGAAAGAGAGGGAGACGCAGCAUCAGAAGCAGAGCCCGAUCAAGAAACUUGAUGCAGAAUGGUUUAGCGGCAGAGCUAGGAUCAGCUUGACAGAGCCUGGCCCCGAGGUCCAUGUUUUAAAUCACUAUGCUUAGUCUCCAAGAACCUACAAAAAGUGCGAGCCUUAACCCAAAACCUUGGCAUUCCCCACCUACAUUCCCUAGUGGCCCCAGCUUCAAGGGCAUUCUACCCAUUCCUUUAACAGUUCGCACUCCCCUGCUCUGCCCCAACACCCUCCUAUAUCCCCGUUUUGCAUUCGGCCUUGUGAUCUCAGCUUCAACAUUAUUGCCUAAAUUACAAACUCGAAUGGCAUGCCGUAUUUCUCAGCACUCAACACAAAACCGUAAUUGUGUAUUUCACGGGGAAUUAUUUGCUUCCUGUCUUUUCCGACGAGGUGGUGCUGCCAUCAGACGCCACGUCAGUCCUAUUCAUCAUGUGUUCCCAAUAACUGAAUACCCACCAACCAUUCAAAAAAGAAGGCUUUGGCACAACGGAUACGCUCAAUAAUUUCUGUGGAACGAAUGAAUAAAUACACUCGAGCCUCGUGCUUCCAGGUGUUUAAUACAUGUCUCUGCUCACGAUACUGCCCUCACUACACCCUCAAGUAUCUAGACCCCUGUGGCAUAAUUGCUCCGGCCUGGGAGGAGAAGGAGGUGGAGGAAGAGGAGGAGGAGGAAGAGGAGGAGCCGCCGCGGCCGCCGCCGCCGCUGUCGCCGCCUCCGCCGCCGCCUCGGCUGGAAGCGACGAACCUCCGCCAGGCCGUCCCCCGCGUCAGCCAGGGCGAUGUUCCGGCCCGGGAGGGGGAGGAGGAGGAGCCUCCGCUGCCGCCGCCGUCGCCGCCGCCGCCGCCUACGCUGUCUCCGCCGGCAAGCGAUGUAUCUGCGCCAGGCAGUCCCCCGACCUCCCCGGCCCGAGCCCCGCGGGCCGCCGCGGCCGCCGCCAUGAAGAAACACUUCAAACGCGGCCCCCCGGCUGGUGGCGCCGCUGGAAGUGACCCGGCGGAGAGGGAUGGGCUCCGGCCCCGGAGCAGCCGCCAUCGCCUCCACUGCUGCCGGCGGCCGGGAAGCAAUGUAGUCCCGCCAGGCCGUCCCCCGAGCUGCACAGUCCGAGACCCGCGGGCCGCAGCUGGCGCGGCCGCCGUGAAGAGGCAGUUAAACCGCAGGAAACAGACCGUGGGCAGCCCCUGCAGCAGCCGCAGUAACGGCCGCCGCCGCCUCAACCCGGAAGCGUUGUAGCCGCUCCAGGCCCGAGCCCCGCGGCCGCCGCUGCCGCUGCCCUUGAACCGCAAGAAGCAGCUCGCCAAGCAGACCGUGGGCAGAGAACAGAGCAGCAGGACUUCCCAGAGGACAGAAGUGGGUGUCUUCCUGUGUCUUCCCCGGGUCCUCACAGCCUAGGAUAGAUCCCAGGUACUGACUUGUGGAUGGCCAACCUGGAGCCUCAGGUCAACAGGGUCCUUACACCCUAAGGGGGAGCAGAGCAGUGCUUGCAGUGCCAUGACCCAAGCCAGGGGCCACACAAGGCCACAGGAGGUGGCACCUUCCUGAGGAGUAGAGUGACCCCACCAGCUUUGCAGAACGUUCCAUCAUCUUGCUAGGCAUGAAGAGGCUGGCGACUGGAUAAUUCAUUCGGGUUUCACAUUGAGAACAGAACUCAACCGUCCAUCCUCACUUCACAGGGUGUUUGAGACUGAUCUCCUGGUCCUGGUUUGCCUGUCUGGUUAGUUGGGGCCGACUGCUGCGAGGCUUGGUAUUCUGCCCAAAGAUGUCCCUGAACAUCCACAGCAGUUCACGGGGAGCUCAUGCCAGCCUUUAGGCAGCUUCCUAUUUCAGAAAUGAUUUGUGAUUCAUAAUGAACAAAAGGUUGCUCUUCAGGUGACCUGUCAGGACCUGAGCUCUUUUUCGGACGCUCAACCGACUGAGCCACCCAGGUGCCCCACAAGUAGCCACUGUUUUCAGUUUGGUGAAUACCUCUGCAGUCCUUAAGAGACAGUCUCUUCAAAUAUUAAGAAUAUUUUUAUUUAAGUUAAACCAAAACUAUAAAUCUAUUACAUUUCGCAAAAGGCCAUUUUGUGAUAAGGUACACACGCAUAGUGACUUGGUUUCUUUCAAGUACUGUCUCCUCUCUGGCUUAAGAAUCCUGUAUUGCUUUGAAAGGUCUUUGGCCAGGUCAGUCCUCUUCCCAGGUGACAGUAUUAAUGGUGUUUACGUGGGUAAAGUGUCAGUCACAGCAUUUAGAAGAUGAUGCCCACCCCCAUCCGUUUCCGGUCCAGGUGGG